AUGAAAACACUUGGCAUGAAAACGGAUGGAAGUAUAACGUCAUUUAUGCAAUCUAAAAGAAAUAACCAUGGGCAGGCAAGUUUGGUAGACAGACGAGGAGAGAAGGCAAGAAAAAUCAGUCUUGAGAAAAAACAACAAAUUGAUGAAGAAAUCGUAGCACACAUAGAAAAAUACAAACCAGUCGUCUCUCACUACAAAUUAGUGCAUGCACCCAAGCGCCGUUACUUACCAUGCGACUUAUCUAUUACGGCACUCUGGAAAGAUUUUUCGGAGAUACAUGAAACAACAGUUGUGUCAUAUGAAAAAUACAGAAGAAUUUUUGAAACUCUCAAUAUAUCUUUUGCACAGCCAGGUCAGGAUGAAUGUGGUACGUGCUCAAAAUUUAAACAACACAAAGAAGAAUAUAAUAUAUCAGAUACAUUGGAUGUUCACCAUUCAACAGCAGAGCAAAGCGAUUGUUCCACCGCGCAAGGAGCUGAACACGAUAUUGAACAUAGCAGCUGUGAUUCUUGUAAAAGUUUUAAACUUCAUCAUGAACGAUAUACUGUCGCCAGAGAAGAGUACACCCAGGAUAAGUCCAAGGAAUGGCCCUCUAAUACCAACAUUUAUACUGUUGACAUGCAGAAAGUACUCAUUAUACCGAAAAUGGCAGAGAAAAACUCAUUUUUUGUGUCUCGAUUAGUCGCCUUUAAUGAAACCUUCUCACCCCUUCACAAAGCUAAAAAUAUUUGUGUGAUGUGGCACGAGGCCAUUACGGGAAGAAAUGCAGCAGAUGUAGCUUCGACGUUUUUCUGGGUAAUAAAAAACUCUGACGCUUGUGUGAAUGAAUUUAUAUUUUGGUCUGACAACUGUUCUGCGCUAAAUAAGAAUUGGGUGUUAUAUUCAACUUUUGUUUUGCUAGUCAAUCAGGACUGGGGUCCCAAUACCAUCAGAAUGAAGUACUUUGAACCGGGACAUUCUUUCAUGAGAGCAGAUUCAGUUCAUGGCCAAAUUGGUACACAAUUGAAGAAACAAAAAGAAGUUUUAGACUUUCAAGAUUUAUUAAAUGUAAUAGAUAAAUCGUCAAAUCAAACUGUGUCUAAACCACUAACAUACGAAGAUUUCAGAGGUUUUGAAGAUGGUUGUAGACAGCGCAGCAAGAAGGCAGACUUUGGAAUCAAUAUUAUUCCUCUUUUAGAAGAUGUCAGAAUAGCGGAAUUUAGAAAAAGUAGCAGAAGUUUAUUUUACAAAACGUCUUUCCGACAAGAAAGUUAUUUAGAAUCUUCAUUUUUAAAAAAGAAGUUUUUUAUGACACUUCCUCCAAAACUGUCUGGCAACAGAGGGAUUAACGUAGCAAAACGGACAAAAAUUGAAGAAGUAUUGUGUCUUCUGGCAAGAACUGCCAACCAACGAAUUUUCAAAAGAUUUAUGUUCAACCAGUGCUGA